AGUAAAGAUAAACCAAACCGAAAAUCCCAUUUUUCGCAAUUACGCCCUUAUUUUCAACUGGAAGGGGGUCUAACACCAAGCCCCUAAAGACACGUUUAUCGCCAGAUUCACAAUGGCUGAUGUAAAGAAUGCACCUCCGGAAAACUUCAAAGGGUGGUUGUACAAAUGGACGAAUUACAUAAAGGGCUACCAGAGGCGAUGGUUUGUGCUUUCCAAUGGUCUUCUGUCGUAUUAUCGAAACCAGGCAGAGAUGGCUCACACUUGUCGUGGUACCAUUAAUCUGUCAGGAGCCUACAUUGAUACAGAAGACUCUUGCAACUUUGUUAUCUCCAGUGGCACUCAGACCUUCCAUCUAAAAGCUAGCUCUGAGGUAGAGAGACAACGAUGGGUCACAUCGCUGGAAUUAGCCAAAGCCAGAGCUAUUCAAAUGAUGGAAGAAGAUUCAGAUGAUGAAGAGGAGCUACCAACAGAUGUAGAUCGCACUGAGCUGCAAGCAACUCUACAUAUCCUUACCAGUAAACUAGAAGAUCUUGGAAUCUGCAAUGAACUAAUCACUAAGCAUGGAACAGCAUUACAACGUGCACUGAGUGACCUGGAAGUAAUUCAUGAUCCUACAGAAGCUAUCAGUAAACUCAAGGGUAUCAAUGAGAGAGCAACACUGUUUAGGAUAACAUCCAAUGCUAUGAUUAAUGCGUGUGGCGAGUACUUAGAGAUUGCACAGGCACAGGGACGGAAGUGGCAGAAAACAUUACAGUAUGAACGAGACCAAAGACUACGUCUAGAAGACACCAUUGAGACAUUGGCCAAACAACACAACUCCUUGGAACAAGCUUGUAGAGAUAAAGGACGUCACGAUACAAAAAGCAGUAAAGGCACAGAUGCAGAGGACGAGGAGGAAGAUAACGAGUUUUACGACGCUACAGAAGACUUCACAUCAGUUCAACUUGCUGCAAGUGUCAAAGGUCACAAACGUACCGGCAGUGACAUUAGUGGUAACAGUAUUGCCAGCAGUGAAGGAGAGAGUAGGGCAGGGGAACAGUCGGGUACUGAUGAUGACAUGAUGCAAGACAAACACAGUGCUAAAGAUCCUGAUGAUCAUUGGAGAAAGCGUGGCGGUGGUCGACAAAGAAGGAAAACAAUUCCUACCAAGCCCAUUGCUGGACUCAACUUAUGGAGUAUUAUCAAGAAUUGCAUCGGAAAGGAGUUGUCUAAGAUCCCUGUACCAGUGAAUUUCAAUGAGCCUCUGUCGAUGAUACAGCGUUUGGUUGAGGAUUUAGAAUAUGCUGAUAUUCUACACACUGCAGCUGAGUGUAAGACGACUGUAGAAGAGAUGUGUUAUGUAGCUGGCUUCACUAUAGGAGCCUAUGCAUCUACGGCUGUCAGAAAUACUAAGCCAUUUAAUCCACUACUAGGAGAGACCUAUGAGUUUGAUCGGUCGGAUGACUUAGGGUGGAGAGCGCUAUGUGAACAGGUGAGCCACCACCCACCAGCAGCAGCUAUACAUGUUGAUGCUAAGGAUUGGACACUAUGGACUGAUAUUACUAUCGCUAGUAAAUUCAGAGGCAAAUACCUACAAGUCUUCCCUCAGGGAAUUCUACAUAUCAAAUUCAAGAAAACUGGCAGUUACUAUACAUACAGGAAAGUCACAUCCACUGUGCAUAAUAUCAUCGUUGGAAAACUCUGGGUGGAUCAGAGUGGAGAAUGUGAGGUUGUUAACCAUACCACAAAAGAGUGCUGCAGAAUCAACUACAAACCUUACAGUUAUUUCUCAGGAGAUAUUCCUAGAAAAGUGACAGGUGUAGUAACUGAUGCUAAUAACACAGCUAAAUUUAUCUUAUCUGGGACAUGGGAUCAGAAGAUGGAAUAUGCAAAGGUACUUCAUACCUCCCUGGAUAAAGGCAGUCGAGGCAAGCCUCUCUACCAGACUGCUCCACCCAAAAUGCUAUGGCAGAAAAACCCACUUCCGCCCAAUGCAGAGAACAUGUAUAACAUGACAAGUUUCUGCAUCACAAUGAAUGAAUUUGAGACCGGCGUUGCCCCAACGGAUACGCGUAACCGACCUGACCAACGGCUAAUGGAAGAGGGCCAGUGGGAUGAUGCUAAUAAAGAAAAGCUACGUCUAGAAGAGAAGCAACGAGCAACCAGGAGGAAACGGGAGUCUGAGGCUACAGCUGCAACAGAGUCAGGAAAGCCAUGUGAAAGUUACAAACCGAUCUGGUUUGACCGCAAGAUGGAUCCUCUUAACAAGGCAAUCACUUAUGUGUAUAAAGGCAAAUACUGGGAAUCCAAGGAGAAAGGUGAUUGGGAACAAUGCCCAGAUAUCUUCUAGGACAAUAUCUAUAAUAGA